AUGCAGGGCUCUCCUAAUAUCUAUCUAUCUAUCUAUCUAUCUAUCUAUCUAUCUAUCUAUCUAUCUAUCUAUCUAUCUAUCUGUGUCUAUGCAUAUCUCUCUAUAUAUGUAUAUCAGAAUGUUCAUUAUUUAUCUAUUGAUCAAUGUAAGUCUAUUCAUUAUCUAUCUAUCUCUGUAUCUAUCUAUCUCUUUAACCUCUUCAUAUCUAUAUCUGCCAACCAAUCUAAGUUUUUCACCUAUCUAUCUAUCUAUCUAUCUAUCUAUCUAUCUAUCUAUCUAUCUAUCUAUCACAUUUUAUAUAUGUCUCUUUUUUUUCAAUACAUCAAUGUACCUUUUCAUGUUUUUGUCAUUCUAUCUAUCUAUCUAUCUAUCUAUCUAUCUAUCUAUCUAUCUAUCUGUCUGUGUCUAUUCUAUCUAUCUAUCUAUCUAUCCCAUCCAAUAGAUCCAGAUCUAUCUAUCUCAUCUAAUAGAUUAAGAUCUAUCUAUCUAUCUAUCUAUCUAUCUAUCUAUCUAUCUAUCUAUCUAUCUAUCUCAUCCAACAGAUUCAGAUCAAUCUAUCUAUCUAUCUAUCUAUCUAUCUAUCUAUCUAUCUCAUCCAAUUCAGAUCUAUCUAUCUAUCUAUCUAUCUAUCUAUCUAUCUAUCUAUCUAUCUAUCUAUCUCAUCUAAUAGAUGCAGAUCUAUCUAUCUCAUCUAAUAGAUUCAGAUCUAUCUAUCUAUCUAUCUAUCUAUCUAUCUAUCUGACGUGCCCCGGUGUCGCUGCGCCAAUCUGUCACAUCUAUCUAUCUAUCUAUCUAUCUAUCUAUCUAUCUAUCUAUCUAUCUCAUCUAAUAAAUUCAGAUCUAUCCAUCUAUCUAUCAAUCUAUCUCUCUAUCUAUCUAUCUAUCUCAUCUAAUAGAUUCAGAUCUAUCUAUCUAUCUCAUCUAAUAAAUUCAGAUAUAUCUAUCUAUCUAUCUCAUCUAAUAAAUUCAGACCUAUCUAUCUAUCUAUCUAUCUCAUCUAAUAGAUUCAGAUCUAUCAAUCUAUCUAUCUAUUUAUCUCAUCUAAUAAAUUCAGAUCUAUCCAUCUAUCUAUCUAUCAAUCUAUCUCUCUAUCUAUCUAUCUCAUCUAAUAGAUUCAGAUCUAUCUAUCUAUCUAUCUCAUCUAAUAAAUUCAAUCUAUCUAUCAUUCUAUCUAUCUAUCUAUCUCAUCUAAUAGAUUCAGAUCUAUCUAUCUAUCUAUCUAUCUAUCUAUCUAUCUAUCUAUCUCAUCUAAUAAAUUCAGAUCUAUCCAUCUAUCUAUCUAUCAAUCUAUCUAUCUCAUCUAAUAGAUUCAGUUCUAUCUAUCUAUCUAUCUAUCUAUCUAUCUCAUCUAAUAGAUUCAGAUACAUCUGUCUAUACAUAGAUUGA